AUUGCAAUUUGUUUGCCAUUAAGAUAUCAUGCCAUAGUGAACAAUAAUAGUAUGGUUUUAGUUUUCCCUGCAAUAUGGGCAUUUAAUUCUUUUUUGGUGGCCUUGAUGGUAUCUUUGAUCACUCGAAUUUCAUUCUGUCAAUCUACUGUGAUACAGAGUUAUUUUUGUGAUCAUGGACCAGUGUAUAGAUUGGCAUGUAAUGACUAUAACAUUAAUAAGUCAGUGGGAUUUGUCAUCACAUCUUCAUUCCUUAUUGCACCAAUGAUCAUUAUAUUCCUGUCAUAUCUGGGCAUUUUUCUUGCUUUAAGCAAAAUUACAACUUGGGAAAGACGUUUAAAAGCUCUGAAGACCUGUGUUUCUCACCUGUUAUUGGUAGGGAUAUAUUUCCUCUCCAUAUGCUUCACAUACCUUGCACAACUCUUGCUUUCUCUCACACCCAAUGCAAGGGUCAUCAGUACAUCUCUGGCAUAUGUUGUACCACCAAUGCUAAAUCCUAUUAUUUAUGUUUUAAACACAGCUGAAAUCAAAAACUUAUUGCGGAAAAUGCUUAGCAACAGAUCUGCACCAAUUAGAGAGAACAUUUCAAAAUGA